AUAAUUAUUCUGUGUUACCAUUUCCCCUUCUCUCCCCAAAAUAUUCUGUUCAGAUGUCAUUCUUUGUUAAAAAGUUGUUGGUGUAAGAUGGCUUCUGUUAUUUUGCUUAAAAAAAACUCGUUUUGUAAAAUCGCAAAGAUGAGUAAAAUGGCCAAAGCCUACUCCUGAACGGACGACACUGCCCCAAAACUCCGCAACAAUACUAAAUUUUACUGUACUUAAUACCAAAAUUGGUUUUUAUUUGUACAUCCCUCGAUUUAGUAAAUACGUUCGAAAUUAUUCUUAUCCUUGACGAUGGCGACUCAAGAUGACCGUUCAUUGGCAGCCGGUAUGUCGUUUCCGAAGUGGAUGAAGAGCAAAAUGACAGACAAGUUAGUUUAUUUCGAUGGUAUUAGUUGUUGGAAUUAUCUGAAACGUUUGGAAAAAUUGAAAUGAAGGCCAAUAAGUGGAAAAUUCCUGCACCGAUGUGAGACGUAGAUAUUCCCAAUCUAGUGUUGACUCACCUUCAUUAUAAUUUUUACAAUCUCUAGGGGAAUUAUUCAAUGACAAAUGCAUACCGUCGGCCAAAAUAGGCAGGUUCGACUUGGACCAAAACGCAUUCUCGCCCACGGAGCUGGACGACAGUUUCAUGCACUACUACCGCUACCCGCCAAAACCGAAGAACGACGCCCAAAACAUGACGGAAACGAAAGUGAUCCAGUCCUCGCAGUCGACCAAGAAAGUGGACUUCUCCAAACCGAGCUUGGCUCAGCAGUCGGCGGCGUUUCUCAAACAGCCCAAACCCAAGGGUACAGACGACGGCUUCAAGGGCGAAACGGCGCAGGUGGGCAACACGAUCGUGCGGGUCGCGAAUCAGAUCGUUUCCGGGAAACCCCUGCAGGGUAACCCUCCGGAGCCCGCUGAAGAGUGCGAGCAAUUGCUCGCCAAGUUCGAUCCUUACCGACGCAGGGGUAGCAAAUCGUUGCCCGCGUCUCCGUUGGCUUCGCCCAAGAGCCAGAGGAGGGUGAAUAAGUACUUCACCAGUCCCUACGUGGAAACGGACAAGUCGAAGGGGUGGAUUUUGUCGAAUCUGCUGGCCAGACGGGAGAUUUCCCAGUCGAUGGGGUUCAUCCACGAGGAGAACAAAGCCGAGCUGGAAAGGGCCAGUAGCAGUGCCAGCGUCGACAAUGUAACCGGUACCGGCAAGCAGAGGACCCACGUGUACACCCCCAAGCCUUCCGAGCUGCGCGAAAUGAACUUUUGGUCUCCUACUUCGAUGUAGUUUUUUUUUUAAUUGUAUUUAUUGUUUGACUAUGCAUUAAAAUUUAGUAUUAACGUGCUGAAGAUUUCGGUAAAAAUUCUCUAUAUAUUUGUAAGUUUAAGUUUAACAUAAGAGUAAGGGAUGGAUCUUUUUUCAAAGUUACAAAGUGUACCUUUUUUAUUGUUGCGUGCGAGCGUGAGGAUGUUGUUUGGUUGAUAUUAUUCUGCAAUAAGUUGUAUGUAAUUUUUUUUUGAAAAAAAAAAGGAGUUCUACAUUAAAAUCUAUUUAUGUAG